AUGUCUGAGACGGCACCAUCCGCUCCAGCUGCUUCCACUGCUCUUCAGAAGCCUUCAGCUGGCAAGAAAGCGAAGAAACCUGUGAAGCCUGUAGCACCCGCUAAGAAAAAAGCCAUUGGUCUUUCCGUGUCGGAGCUGAUCCUGCGGGCUGUUUCCUCGUCCAAGGAGCGCAGUGGCGUGUCCUUGGCUGCUCUCAAGAAGACGCUGGCAGCUGCUGGCUACGAUGUGGAAAAGAACAACAGCCGUAUCAAGCUGGGCCUUAAGAGCCUGGUGAGCAAGGGCACGUUGGUGCAGACUAAGGGCACCGGCGCCUCUGGCUCUUUCAAGCUCAACAAGAAAGCAGCUUCUGUGGAAGCCAAGGCUAGCACCUCAAGGGUGGCAGCAAAAACCAGGGCAACAGGUACCUCCAAGAAGCCCAAAAAGGCCACGGGGGCCGCCACUAAAAAGAGCGUCAAGACUCCGAAAAAGGCUAAAAAGCCUGUGGUAGCAAAAAAGCCCUCCAAGAGUCCUAAGAAGUCCAAAGCUGUGAAGCCCAAGAAAGUAACUAAGAGCCCUGCUAAGGCUGUAAAGCCCAAAGCAGCUAAGUUGAAAGUGACUAAGCCAAAGACUGUUGCCAAACCCAAGAAGGCAGCGCCCAAGAAAAAGUAA